AUGCGCAGCGCGGCGCAGGGCCAGAGCUUCGCGGAACUACGCCGGCAGCUGCAGGCCGGCGAGCUCGGCCUGUGGCAGGCCAACUCGGCCAUCAGCUCCUUGGGCCAGAAGCUGCAGUGGCAGGCGGUGCUUCAACUCCUGGAGGACUGCAAACCGGCAUCAAUUCAGCCAAGCAGGGUGUCCUUCGGCUCUGGAAUCAAGGCAUGCGGCCGAGCGAAGCAGUGGCAAAGGGCACUGGUGCUUCUCAACGACAUGCUGCAGUGCAGUGCGAACCCUGGAGUGAUCGACUUUUGCUCCGCCAUCACCGCGUGCGUGGGCGCGGGCGCGCGGCGCGAGGGCCUGCGGCUUGUGGCUGAGAUGCGUGACCAGGCCGUGCUCAUGGAUGUGAUCACCUACAACGCUGCAGUCAGCGCGUGUGAGGGUCAGUGGCAACAGGCCGUGGCAUUUCUUGAGGAGAUGCAGGAUGCAGACUUGGAGCCUUCCCUGGUGAGCUACAGCAGCUUGAUCAGCUGCUGCGAGAAGGGCUUUGAGGCCGCCGUGGCGCUGCUCCUCUUGGAGGAGCUGUGCCAGGCGGGGCAUGAGCCAAAUGCAAUCGCUUGCAGCGCAGCGGUGAGUGCUUGCGAGAAGGGCCAGCGCUGGACAUCAGCUCUCACCAUUCUGAGGCGCAUGUCCAGCCGCGGCCCCGAGCCGGACGUCGUGGCUGCCGCCGCGGCCGUGGCUGCCUGCGGGGCGGGGCAGCGGUGGCAGGAAGCGACGGGGAUAGCGACGAGCAUGGCCGCGGCAGCCGUCUCCACCAACCGGAUCCUGGUGAACUCCCUGCUCUCUGCCUGCGAGAAGCCUUUGCAGUGGCGCCGCGCCGUCAGCGCCCUGGCGGCGAUGCGCGACCGGGGCCCGCGGCCAGACGUUGUGAGCUACAGUGCCACGCUCAGUGCCGGAGAGAAAUCCCAGGAGUGGAGAUGCGUCCUGCAACUCUUCCGGGCCAUGGGCGACGCCGACCUCCGCCCGGGCCUUGUCUCCUUCGACGGGGCCCUAAGCGCCUGCGCCCGAAAGGCCGAAUGGAGACGAGGCUUGUCCUUGCUCCACGAGCUGCGCGGCUGGCGCCUGACACCCAACGCCAUCACCUACUCAGCCAGCCUGGAGGCCUGCAGCGGGCGACCUUUGGCCGUCCUCGGCUUGCUGGGCGACAUGCGGCGCAGCCGCUGCGAGUUGGACGCGGUCGCCUACUCUACAGCGGCUGCUGCCUGCGACGGCUCGGGCAAUGCCGGAGCAUUGCUUGACUGGCUCCUGGGCUGCGAGCAAGCCAGCCUCGAGCUGCUCCAGUCUUAA